GUACUUUAUUUUUAAUUAUAAAUGUUUUUAUUUUAAAUUUUCGAUACCAUUCGUGCUGCCAUCUGUUGACAAUAGACAUGACAAUUCGAUUGAAAUAAUAUGAUUCUUUUUAAAAGAAUGUGUUUAUUUUUUGAUUUGAAUAAUUUUUUAAAGUUCUAUUUUAAAGAAUGCUCCUUAUUCGAAUUAAUAAUCAUUUUAAUUGUUCAAUAAAUAUGCUAUAAUUUUAAUGCAAAAUAAUAAUACUCUGCGCGCCAUCUAUCGGCAGUCAUAGACAUUUGGGAAACAUAUUUUAUUUAUAACUAUUAUUGUUAUUACUAUUACAGUUUGUAUGAUAUAUUCUAUACCGUUUUAAGUUCAAAUUGGCACUAAUCAAACCCAAAAUGGCAAUAAACAAAACCAAUUUGGCGACUGUCAUAUUCAAAUUGUCAUUAAUCAAAAUGACAUUAAUCAAUUACGAAAUGUCACUGUGAGCUAUAGAACUGGAAACAUUCAGGUUUAGCUAUACGAGUUCAGGCUAAAUUUUUCUUAAAAAAGUCCUCGAUGCAAUAUCUUCUAGCUGUGCGUAAACAUAUUGUCACUAACACUCUAUUCCAUCUGGGCAAUACUGUUCUUCUGCGUUCUCGAGCAUAAUUAUCAUAAUACUAUUCACUUCUCCGUCUUCUUGUAAAUUUUCUCUGAUUCUGUCUUUCCCACAACAUUUAGAACACGCAAAAAUGGAAUGUUCCACAUUAUCCACUGAGUCACAAUAUGGCCAAUGGUCACUUUGGCUUCUUUUAUGCAAAUGAAGGUGUUAUAGCCUCGGUGCACGCCGUGCGAUAUGUCCAUAAUAAUCUUAACAACACCUACAACAACAGCUUUGUUGUAAGCUUUCAAGUUUUUUCUAUGUUUUUUUACAUGUAUCGCAUCCUGCUAAGACAUACAAUCCAUUUUCACCAUUUCUUUUUAAUAAUCAAAUUAUGAUCAAUAAUUCUCUCUUUCAUGAACAAUCUUACCAGUAAUCUUGUAAUCAAUUCAUCAUGCUAGUUCUCUUUCUUUGGACAAUCUUGAAUUCUGGACACCUAGCGUCUUUGUAGAUGUGAGCCUUGCAAAUUAUAUUGACUUUUCUUCAACCUCUCUCAUGCUCUAUUGCCUGAUACUGAAAUUAACACUGUUUUAAACCGAUAUGAUCAUGCAGAGAUACAACUGAGCAUUAAAUGAGCAAUCUACAGAUAUUCACAACGAAUUUGAUAGAGUUCACACACGUUACGAAAAAGCGUGUAUAACAUUAAUACAAUAUAAUCUGAUGAUGGUUCUAUUAAUACAUACGCACGUGCUUCAAAAUCUAGUAUUAUGUUAUUGUUAUAGCUGAAUAUUAGAAAAAAAUAAGAAUGUAUUUUUAUAUUUUUCAACACUCUGUAUAUGUAUAGGUUCUGACUGCGCACAUGACAAUUCACGAAUUCCACCCUUUCCUUAAACACCCUUUAAUAGAAUUCAUCCAAAAAUUUAGCAAGAUCAUUUGGAUCUAAUGGACUCAAACAAUAAAUUACGUAUAUUUAUGUUAUGUUAUGCUAUUUAUGGAAUUCUUUUAGUAAUUUUAGGUGUUAGUUUACCAAAACUGACAAAUUCAUCAACAGAUAAAAUGAAAGGGGCUGCAAAUACCAUCAAAUACAUUGAUGGGAGUAGUGCUGUAAUAAAUACCACUACAUACAUAUUUCUUGCUUAUGGAAUUAUGGUUUUGAUUUUAACAGCUUUUAUUUAUAAAUGCUUACUGAUUGAAAAUAAGAAACUUUUGAAAUGGUUACGUAUUUUAUUGGUGAUAGCAAUCACUAUUAAGAUAGGAACUGGGUCGAUUCUAUCAACUCAUAUACUAAAACAAAAAUUUGCACCUGCUAUCAGAAGUAAAUUGAUAAAUAACUUUAUUGAGAUACCUUUUCAUUCUUCUAAACAUUUUAAAGCACAAAUGUUUUUUGAGGAAAAGUAUGAUUGUUGCGGAGUUGACAACUACACUGAUUACAAUGUUAUAUUUGAGAGCAAUGAUUUGCAUUAUCCCGAAAGUUGUUGUACAAAAUACAAUAAUUUUUGCACAUUAAAAGACGAAAUCAAACCCGAUGGUUGUUUUGAUAAACUUCUCAUUGGGUUUCAUACCAGUUUUGUUCCCCUUCUGGUGGCGAUCGUUGUAGGAUCAGUAAUAGAAACCACCAUAGGAGGAGAAAUUAAAAUGAUUAUUGAAAAGGUAAAUAAAAUUCCUGGAGGUAAUAAUCUACAAGGUGUGACUCAAAUCGAAUCUACCGCUGUUUAAAUACUACCUAUUUAUUUAGGUACAUUAAAAAUCUUCUAUUGUUGCCAAAUAUUAUAAAAAUGUUCUUAUAGUUAUUUAUAUUUAUAUUACAAGUCUGGUAAUUGACUUGUAACAUUAUGAGUUAGAUAUUAAAGAGGAGGCUCCUUUGAGAGUAAUUGUCUUCUAAAGUAGGUAAGACUUUGUAUCAUUACCAAGCCAUUUAAGAAACGAUAUUGCCGAGGUCGCUUGCGGAUGAGGCGCUGGAUUUGAUACAUCAACACAAAAUCGCCAACAUUGAAACAUUUUAGCGCCUCGGCCGCAAGCGACCUCGGCGGUUUGAGUGUACCUGUCUUCUUAUAAGAGGCUUUGUAUUUUUGCUAAGACAUUUAAGAAACGAUAUUAUCUCAAAUCGCCGAGGUCACUUGCGGGCGAGGCGCUGGAGUUGAUAUAUCAACAUAAAAUCGACACCUUUGAAACAUUUUAGCGCCUCGGCCGCAAGCAACCUCGGCUGUUUGAGUAUACGUGUCUUCUUACAAGAGACUUUGUAUCUUUGCCAAGACAUUUAAGAAACGAUAUUGCCUCAAAUCGCCGAGGUCGCUUGCGGGCGAGGCGCUGCAUUUGAUAUA